AUGCUUCAUACGUUGCUCUUGCUCCUGCAACUGGUGCAGCUCACCGUCGCCUAUAAUCUUGUUAUAGAUACCCAGGUGAAAGGGAUCACCUCAUAUAUCCGUGGCUUUCGUGAAGAUUAUGAAGCUCAACUGGAGAACCACGCGAUACCAACAAUUAACAAAAAGCGAUGUCUUGGAAGAGUGGAACUCACGGAAAUUAUGGUAACGGAUGUGAAGGUUGAGUCAACCCUGACCGUUGUUGCCGAUGGAGACUACCAUCUUCGGAUCUUGAACGCUUCACUUGGUCCUCUUGUCCCAGUCAAUAUCGGAGGAAUACCGUACCUCAAUCAAGAAAUAUCUUGUAGCAUUUGGCACACCGAAGGCAAGGUCCAAGUAACUGGAGGUAUUCUUCGAUGGCUGGCCAAGAAACGAUUGAGAGAUACAAUGAAAGAAGAUCUGGAAGGAAUUCUCUGCGAUAGCCUUGUUGAGGUAUUAGACACAAAAAUACGUAAAUCAUUGGCAGGACUUGAUCUCGUGAUGCCCAUUAAUGAAGCUACAACCAUGAGCUAUCUACUGGUUGGCCAGCCGCUAUUGUUACCGUAUGGUGCAGUUCGAACUUACCACCAAGGUAUCACGUCCAUAAAUCAUCAAGGAGUCAAAUUUACUCCAACACCAAUUGAAUCCAACCAUCAUGUCAUCUACCAUAUCCACGAGGCACUACUGUCGGAAACCAUGCAGUCAGUAUGCAGUCGAGGGUAUCUGGACGGAAAUAUCACAGCUGACGAUGAAGAGGUGCACGUAGCCUGUCAAACGGCAACAAUGUCAGUGAAAAAUAUGGAAGGUACUUUGAAUACCGCUAACAUCAUGCUGGCUAUGUUAUUGACUUUUCAAGACGGUACCGAAAGACUUCUAUCAAAAAACUACAGCGUUUCAAUCCUACACAGAUAUUCUCAAUCAUUUCCGAAGUGCUGCGAUCGCACGUUCGCUUGCCAUUGCCCAUACCGGCUGGUGCGCAGAAUAGUCGAUC